CAUUCCCUUUCCAUUUCUAUCUUAGCUUUUCGAGUCCAGGGACUGAGUCCGUGAGUCCUAUAUAAGGGCCCUCCCACCUCAACAAAGAUGUUUCAUCUUGACUUCGUCUGCGAACAGGACUCUCUGGAACAGUAUACUACUUAUAUAGCGCUACUACUCAUAUAGUCAUUUAGCUGGUUACUUUCUGCCACAAUCUCUGCACUACCCAUCUGUAGUUUGUGAUCAUUGUGAACCUUUGAUCCAACUUAAUCCUUUUCACAACUCAGUCUUUUGCUACAUUCUUUCUUCCUCCAAAUAUCUUUGAGCAUAUAUAGUUCGUAAUGGGCUUCUCUGAGCAAGUUGGGAAGGAGGCAAACGAUGCUUUGCUGAACAGGAAGAGAGGUGUUUGGGUAAAUGGCCCUGUAAUUGUUGGAGCAGGCCCUUCUGGUCUGGCUACUGCAGCCUGUUUAAAAGAGCAAGGAGUGCCCUCAAUCAUAUUAGAAAAAGCUGAUUGUAUAGCCUCUUUGUGGCAACAUAGGACUUACAAUAGACUCAAACUCCAUCUCCCCAAACAAUUCUGUGAGCUCCCCAGAAAGCCAUUUCCUGAAGAUUUCCCCACAUAUCCUUCCAAGUCGCAGUUCAUAGACUACUUAGAAUCCUAUAAUAAGGAAUUCGAACUCAACCCCAGGUUCAAUGAGUGCGUCCAGUCUGCAAAGUAUGAUGAAACCUGUGGUCUGUGGAGAGUUAGCACUAAGAGUUGUCCCAAGGGUGGUUUGGCUGUGCGUGAGUUUGAGUACAUUUGCCGUUGGCUCAUUGUUGCUACUGGAGAGAAUGCCGAACCAGUGAUUCCAGACAUUGCUGGAAGUGAGACUUUCAAAGGGCAGAUUAUUCAUGCCUGUGAGUACAAAAAUGGUGCAAAGUAUGUGGGGAAGAAGGUGCUCGUGGUGGGAUGUGGUAAUAGUGGAAUGGAAGUCAGUCUGGAUCUUGCUAAUCACAAUGCAAAUCCUUCAAUGGUCGUCCGAAGUCAGGUACAUGUGCUGCCACGAGAAAUGUUUGGAAAGUCCACUUUUGGUGUGGCAAUGGCAAUGAUGAGAUGGCUCCCACUAUGGCUCGUGGAUCGUUUGAUAUUGUUUAUUGCCUGGUUGAUGCUUGGCAAUACUGGAAGAUAUGGCCUGCCAAGGCCCAAAACUGGGCCUAUAGAACUCAAGAAUGUAGCAGGAAAGACCCCUGUUUUGGACAUUGGAGCCUUGAAAAAAAUAAGGAGUGGUCAUAUCAAGGUUGUACCUGCUGUAGAAUGCUUUACAACCCAUGGUGCCAAAUUUGCCGAUGGAACUGUUCAGGACUUUGAUGCUGUGGUUUGGGCUACUGGAUACAAAAGCAACGUGCCCUACUGGCUAGAGAAAUGUGAUUUUUUUUCUAGAAGUGGAAUGCCCAAGACACCCUUUCCAAAUGGGUGGAAAGGAGGAAGUGGUCUGUAUGCAGUGGGGUUCACAAGAAGAGGAUUGCUAGGCACAUCAAUGGAUGCAAGGCGUAUAGCCAAGGAUAUAGGGACGACAUGGAAGGAAGACAAUAAGCAGACCAAGACUAAUCAGUUCAAAUCUUGUCAUAGAAGAUGCAUCUCCCAGUUUUAAUCAAGCAAUUUUCACAUCGAAUCACUGUACAUAGUUACUGUGCUGUUCUGAAGCCAUGGACAUAUUGUGCAACUAAUGUGUAUAAGCCACAAAUUAAGGCCAGGGCCUCAGGGAGCCACAAAGACUGAUUUGCAGUUUCUUGUGUAUAUAGAGAGCGGGAGUUUUAGAGAAUUUGUGUUUAUGAUAGAGAAGACCUCUUGUGGUUUAGGGGUGGUACGGGAAUUUUGAGAGUCCAAAAAGGGUAAAAGUUAGAUAUUUUGUUAUAAAUUUAUUUGUUAUAGAUUUAUACCUGGAAGAGAAGAGAGACAGACUGAUGUACAUUAAAAGAAAAAAAA